GUGCCCGAUCAAUUCAAAUGCGGAAUUUUAGUUUUGAGGUUAGAAUGUAAAAUGUGUUGUGUUUGUGAAACAUUUGUUUUGAAUUUAUAGUUUAGCUUUUGUUGAAUUAUUUUAGUAGCAGAAGUUACUCAGAGAAACCGUGAUGGAAGUCGAUCAAUCUAGUGUAGUGAUGGAUGAAGAAAAAGGAGUGGGUAACACCACUUCCAAUUCUAGCGAAACAAUUAUUGCUGGAAGUUCGAAUUCGAAACUAGUUUCAGACAACACAGACAUUGCAAUUGAUAUUCCUCUAAAGCAACCUAUCUGUUUGAUUAUAUUAGGAAUGGCAGGAUCUGGUAAAACUACUUUUGUUCAGAAGUUGACUUCUCAUUUAUACUCAAAAAAUAAGAAUCCAUACGUUAUAAACUUGGAUCCUGCGUGUAGAGAAGUUCCUUAUCCAGUGAACAUUGAUAUUAGGGACACAGUAAACUAUAAGGAAGUGAUGAAACAGUACGGUUUAGGGCCGAAUGGUGCUAUAGUAACUUCCUUGAAUUUAUUCUCUACAAAGUUUGACCAAGUUCUCAAACUUCUUAUGAAAUCGUCUGACAAGCAUUCUUAUUCUGUAAUUGACACACCUGGACAGAUUGAAGUGUUUACAUGGUCAGCGUCAGGAAAUAUAAUAACUGAGACAUUGGCUUCAACUUUCCCUACAGUGGUUGUGUAUAUUAUGGACACUGUGCGCAGUGUUAAUCCUGUCACAUUUAUGUCAAACAUGCUCUAUGCUUGCUCCAUCCUGUAUAAAUCCAAACUUCCAUUUAUUGUAGUGAUGAAUAAGAUAGAUAUUGUAGAGCAUAAGUUCGCUGUGGAGUGGAUGAAUGACUUUGAAGCAUUCCACGAAGCUCUUGAAUCUGAAACAUCGUACAUUUCAAAUUUAACAAGAUCAAUGUCGCUAGCUUUAGAUGAGUUCUACUCUGGGUUAAAAAGUAUAGGUGUCUCUGCAUUGACCGGCGAGGGUAUGGAUAAGUUUCUCGACUUGGUUGAAGAGGCUGCUGAAGAAUACGAGAAGGAUUACCGGGUGGAAUGGGAGAAACUCCGUAACGAACGACGGGAAACGGACAGCAAAGAGAAAGAGAAGAGACUUGAAGACGUAAUAAAGGAGAGGGGAGUCGGAGAAGUGGUUCAGCUCAUCAAUGAAGUUGAGUCGGCCAAAGAGUUGGCUGAUGUCUACUUGAAGCACCCGGCCAACGAGAGUUCAGACGACAGCGAGGGAGAGGAGAACGUCAUAAAGAUCACUCAAGACGAGGAGGAAGAGAUGAAAGAAAAUGAGAGUUUCCAGAAUUUUCUAUCAAAGCACAAAAAAUACUCGGAAACUAAACAGAAAGCUUCCGAAAAUGAUGAUAGUUCUAAAUAGACUGUAGUCUACGUCAAUUAUAUUCGGUACCUUACCUUUUUACAUUUCUGAAAUUUGUAAAUAUCAUUGACAAUAUUAAUUUAUUUGGUUUUUUAUCCAUUCAUACUGUAGGCCUAAUAUUAUUCAAUCCAUUUAAAAACAUAUACAUAUCCACAUCAGUUUACAAGGACACUAUAAAGUAGAAUAUUGUUGUUCUGCUAAUUCUAGCUCAAAAACUAGUAUAUCAUUCAAGUCAAAAUUUUUUAUCAGUGUGCAGCUCAUUUCUGCGGCCGAAAUAGAAAACUUUUCAACUAAUCUUGGUCAUUUAUGAAUUCAAUUCACUUUUAAAUUUUACAGAUUUGUAGAAAACACAUUAAAUGUUUUUUGAUGAAAA